UGCAGACAAUGGUCCAAUGUUCGAAAGGUUGACGGUAAGGGACCACAUGGCCACGUGGGAUGCACCUGCGAGACCUGAUGUCGUGUUUCUUGAACUUGUGAAACUUUUGCAGAUUCUCGGCAUGUUCGAGAAAACGUGUCCUCAACACGGGAAAGAGGUGGAGGUGACGAUAGAGAAGAUAUCCUAUCCUUGUCACAUUUGCAAGUUGCAAUUCGCUUGCGGGAAAGGGUGCACUUGGCACUGGAAUUCCGCGAAGGUUGUCAAAGGUGGUGUGAGAGAUUCGAGGGUGGAGACACAGUUGUUCCACUCCACUGUGGCUACGGGGAUGACGCACACCCAACUGAACAACCUCUUGAUGGGCCUCAGAAUGAAGAAGGUCAGGAAAGAAACAUUCUACAAUUUUUUCCGUGAUGAAGGCAAAGGUUCGAGACAGUGGCUGCGACACGUGGAACGAGUUACACAAAGGAGCUUCAACAAGGUCAUCGCACGUUUGCGCAGAUCUAACGAUCCGGUUGUCAUAUUGGUCGAUGACCGUUACGACUCGUCCUGUGAUGCGCAACAUUGUACAGUGACGGCGCUGGACUUGAAGUCUGGGAUGAUCGUGGGUACGGAGACGAUGCUGAGGGGGGGCGAGUCGUCGUGGAGGCUGGAAACGCAGUGCGUGGAGAAGCUCCUUCAUCGAUUGAAGGACAAACAUAACCUCAUAAUCGUUGAGGUUGUGCAUAACGACUGUGGUGCGGUUGACGUCAUCCUGCGACGAAUGAACAUUGACUCGCAGAAGUGUAUGUGGCACAAAGCCAAGACUUUGGUGAAACGCUUGCGAGAGGCAGUGCGUGCCACGAAGACUGUCAAGUCAUCUGUGGUGGGCGCUUGCGAGCACGUUCGCGAGCCGUUGGAAGAUGACGUUGUCGAGAUCGACGCGUUGGAGGGCUUGCAUUGCAAUGCGGCGGAGGAGGUGAAGGAAUGGUUGUACGGUGCUUGCCGGAUGCGCGAACGGGAGCGGGAUGACAACGGCGAUGUGUUGGCCUCACAUGUGCAACACCUGGCCGAUCAUUGGGUUGGGGAUCACUCGAUGUGCGGCAAGGAGUUGUUGAACCUGUGCAAGGCGGCUGGCGGUUCAAAGAGAGAGCCAUUGUACGAGGCUGGGGGUCGGGUUCAUGCCACCGUUUCUCGAUGUUUGCAGCAGUUCGCUUCCAACACGAAGAUGACAUACUACACACGUGCGAGAAUGACGUUCAACAACGAAUGCUUCCACUCUAUGAUCAACAAGUACUGCACGAAACGAUUGAACUUCCCAAAGUCAUAUGAGGCGCGGGUUUGUGGCACGACACUGAAAUGGAACAAGAACAAACGAAUCAGGCCAUCGCACACUACAUUCCGCAAACCCACGAAUGUCACCCAUCGACGACGCUUCGCAAGAUGUCACGUUUACCCCGGCCACGACACAUCGUGGAGAUUCGACAUUGCAACUGAAGUUUUUGGGAGUCCUCGGGUCGGUGACUGGGCCCGUAACAUGUUGCAUCAAUUGGACGUCGACGACCCGGAUGUUGAGCAUGUUGAUGUUGAUGCUGAUUUCGGACUGCCAAUUGCUGGUGAGAGCGUAGCCCGGGGUGACGAUGGUCAAGGUGCCGACAUUUUGUUCGAGUCUACGAGCGAUUAUGACUCGGAUGAUGAGAAGUCACCAUCGGAUUCCGAAUGCGAAGGUGCCGCUCAGCGCCUCGACUUUGACGGCGCCGUGUUAUCGCAGGAGGUGUCUGUUGUGCGGGAGUGAUAGUGGCCGAUAGUCUAUUGUGUGAGAGUGAGAGCGGCAUUUGGUCGGGGAAUGACAUUGUAGUAAUGUGCAAUCUGCAGAGUCAUUAUACAUAAUUUAUUUCAGGAGUUGCAUUUUCCGAUUUCCAUUUUGUUGAAAGCGACAUUCCGUAUUUCCGAAGUUGCUUUUGGUUCUGGAAUAACAUUGUCGUAAUGUGCAAUUUGCAG